GUCGUCUUCCUUCAAAAUAAAGUGCGUAGUGCUUUGGACACGAGUUCGGGCUUCUGGAAAGGGAUUAUCGUAAAUAAACAGAUCAAGAUGGGUAUGGUACAGAAAAGGAAGAAAAUGCACUCUGGCGACACACAUUUAAGGCGUCGCUGGCGGGUGCGGAGUCGUAAGCGUGAUUUGGACGAGAUUGACAAUGAUUUGAAAACAAACGCUGAGGGUCUGAUCAACCAAGAAGUCGACUUAGACAAGCCUGGAUUCGCGCAAUUCUACUGUGUCCACUGUGCAAAAUAUUUCAUCGAUGAUCAAGCAAUGCAACAGCAUUUCCGAACCAAGGUCCACAAACGAAGACUUAAGGCGCUGGAAGUUGAGCCAUAUUCGAUAGAAGAAGCAGAGCGCGCCGCCGGACAUGGGAGCUACGUUGCGCCGAAAAAGCGGAGAAUGGAGACUCAACCAUCCAAGGAAGAGGUGGCGAAAGGGAAAAAAGUGAAAAUUGAACUGAAGGAGGAGAAAAUGACUGAAUGAAUGAUCUUUGCUUUGAAUCAGCCAAUGGUUUGUGAUGUGUUUAGAAGUCCCGAAAAUAUAUUACUUUC